UCGCGCGCUUCCUGGGCGUGGCCUACGCCGCCCCGCCCACCGGCGAGCGCCGCUUCCGGCCGCCCGAGGCCCCCCUCGCCCUGGCCCGGUGUCCGCGAUGCCAUGCGGUUCGCGCCCGUGUGCCCGCAGCCGCCGGCGUCAUACGUGGGGGAGGAGGCCGAGGACUGCCUGUACCUCAACCUGUACGUGCCCGGGGACGCGCCCGUCCCCGGCGCCCGGAAGCCCGUCAUGGUCUACAUCCACGGCGGCUCCUACGUGGAGGGCUCGGGCAGCGCGGUCGACGGCAGCGUCCUCCCGAGCUACGGCGACAUCAUCGUGGUCACCGUGAACUACCGCCUGGGCGCGCUGGGCUUCCUGAGCACGGGCGACGCCGCCGCCCCCGGCAACUACGGCCUCCAGGACCAGAUCCAGGCGCUGCGCUGGGUGGCGGAGAACGCGGGGGCCUUCGGCGGGGACCACGCCCGCGUGACCGUGUUCGGCUCCGGCGCCGGCGCCAACUGCGUCAGCCUCGUCACGCUGUCGCGGCACGCGGAAGGCCUCUUCCACAGGGCCAUCAUCCAGAGCGGCUCCGCCCUGUCCAGCUGGGCCGUGAACUACGACCCGGAGCGGGCGCUGGCGGGGCGGCUGGGCUGCGCGGGGGCGUGGCCGGCGGGGACCCGGAGGCGGAGGGCGGGGCGGGGUCUGCGGCGCUGCUGGCCCAGGGGGAAUUCCUCAACUACGACGUCGUGCUGGGCGUGGCCCACGGGGCGGGGCUGCGGCUGGCGGACGCGCUGCUGGGCGGCCCCGCCCCGGACCCCGGCCCCACCCCGGACCCCGCCGACCACGCCCCAGAUGCUGACCACGCCCCCUACCACGCCCACCACACCGAGGAGGGCGUGGCCGACGCCGACGACGCCGAGGACUGGGCGGGGCCAGCCACACCCUGCGGGAGGCGGUGAAGUUCAUGUACACGGACUGGGGACCCGAACCGCCCAGCGCCCCAGGACCCCGGCUCUGCCCACGCGCGCCCUGCCCGCCCCGAGACGGUGCCCUGGGCCCGCUACACGCCCCGCGAGCGGCGCGACCUGCACCUGGGGCUCCGCCCGCGCGUGCGCGACCAGUACCGCGCGGCCAAGGUGGGCUUCUGGCUGGAGCUGGUGCCGCAGCUGCACGGCCUGCGCGACCUCCUGGGGGCCCCGCCCCGCCCGAACGGCCCUGGGCGCCACACCGGGACCCGGAAGUGGACCCGGAAGCGGAAGUAAACCCGGAAGUGGACCCGGAAGUGGAAGUAAACCCGGAAGUAGGGUCGUGAGCGUGCCCCACAGCGGAAAUGAACCCGGAAGUAGAACCGGAAGCGGAAGUAGACCCGGAAGUAGAUCCGGAAGGGGCAGGGGCCCCGGGGCGCAGGAUGCCGCGGUGCUGAUCGAGACGCGGUGCGACUACGCGGCAGAGCUAAGCGUGACGCUCGCGGUGGGCGCCGCCCUGCUGCUGCUCAACGUCGUCGCCUUCGCCUCGCUGUGCUACAAGCGGGAGCGGCGGCGCCGCGAGAGCAACCGACGCCCGGGCGGGGUCCUGGGCGUGGUCACGGGGGGCGUGGCUCCCGCGGGCGGAGCACCCGGGGACAGGGCGUCGGCCCCCAAGGCUCUGCCCACCACACCCACCCCGGGGUUCGUGUGUGCUCAGUGGCGUGGAGAGGAGGACACGGGAAACGCCCCCAUCAUACAUGUAAGUAUGUUAGGGCAUGAGGGUUUCGCGUGCACAUGUAUGAACGUGUAUGUGCGUGUGCUUAAGUGAUUCUUUGCAUUCGUGUUUGUAUGUGUUGACCCAUGUCUGUGUGCGCGCAUGAGUUUGCCUGUGUGCGUGUGUGCAUGUGUCCUCAUCUAUGUUCACAUGUGUAUGUGAUGUGUUUGUACAUGCAUGGGUUUGUGUGCCGGAACAUGUUUGUAUGUGCGUGUGUUCUGUUUGUAAGUGUGUGUCCCCAUUCCCCUGUCCUCCCGUGAGCCCCGCUGACUGGGGAUGCGUGUGCUUUGUGUGUGUGCGCACAUGUAUGAACACGCAUGUGUUUCUGGGUUUCCUGCCGUUUCUGUUUCUGAGAGUUUCCUGGACACACGGUUUCUUGUGCACGUAUGUGUCCAUGUGUGUGGUGCUUUUGGCCACAGGAACACAUUACAUGCGAUUUCCACGUGUGGAAGAAACGAUCAAUAAAUGUGAAACGAGA